ACCGUCCGACGCCAUCUUCCUGUCAACGGUUGUAUUUUUACCGAAUUAGCAGAGCAGCGGCGCACUGAGAGAGCUGGAAUUAUGGGGAGAAAGAAGAAAAAGCAAAUGAAGCCUUGGUGCUGGUACUGUAACAGAGACUUUGAUGAUGAAAAGAUUCUCAUUCAGCAUCAGAAGGCCAAACAUUUCAAGUGCCACAUCUGUCAUAAGAAGCUGUACACCGGACCCGGACUGGCAAUCCACUGUAUGCAGGUACAUAAAGAGACCAUCGACGGAGUUCCUAAUGCAAUACCUGGAAGGACAGAUAUUGAACUGGAAAUAUACGGCAUGGAGGGUAUUCCAGAAAAAGACAUGGAGGAGAGGAGAAGAGUGCUGGAACAAAAGAACCAAGAGACUCAGAAGAAAAAGCAGAACCAGGAUGAUUCUGAUGAGUACGACGAUGACGAUGAGCCGGGUCCCUCGUUCCAGCAGCCUGCAGCGGGUCAGCCUCAGGCCGGCUACAUCCCCCCUAUGACCCAGCCUGGCAUACCUCCUGGCUCUGGCGCUCCAGGGAUACCACCAGGCAGCUACUCAGGAAUUCCACCGAUGAUGCCAGGGGUCCCACCAAUGAUGCCAGGAAUGCCCCCUGUAAUGCCAGGGAUGCCUCCAGGGAUGAUACCGAUGGGUGGAAUGAUGCCUCCGAUGAUGCCAGGUGUACCACCAGGCAUUCCUCCUCCAGUGGGUCACCGUCCAGGCAUGACACACAUGCCUCAGGUCCCACCGACUGCAAACGUCCUGACCAGACCUGCGGUUUCUGUUGUGACUGCUCUGUCAGCCCAGCAGGAUGUCACAAAACCUCUGUUCCCCAGUGCUGGACAGAUGGGAAGUCGAGUUGCAAGUACAAGUGCAUCAAGUGCAGAUUCUCAGUCUGCUUCCUCUAACGCUCUGUUCACAUCCCAAAGUCAGCAGACUGUGUCAGGCUCCCCCCACACUCCCCCAUCCACCUCCUCUGACCCCUUAAAGCCCACAUUCCCAGCCUACACUCAGGCCUCUGCAGCUGUAUCCAGCCCCAGCGCUGGCAGCAGUACGGUCUCCAAACCUCCCUCCACUGUGACCAGUAAGCCCGCCACGCUCACCACCUCCAGUGCAACCAGUAAGUUGAUCCACCCUGAUGAGGAUGUCUCACUGGAGGAGUUACGGGCUCAGCUCCCCAGAUAUCAGUGCAGUAUUCCCCGCCAAGGCCAGACCACCUCUGCUGCGACGUCAGUUGGUCCCGUGGGUGGCAUAAUGGCUCCUCAACAGCACAGCAUGAGGCAUCCCAUACCUGGCCAGUACGGUGGUCCACCCCAGGGGAUACCAGGCUUCAUGCCAGGACGGAUGCCUCCAUACGGACAGGCCCCACCUGUAGUUCCUCCGGGGUACCAGGGAGCCCCUCCAAGGCCGCCCAUGGGUAUGAGACCUCCUGUCAUGUCUCCAGGAGGCCGCUACUGAAGUCUGCCUUCCUCUCUUCAAUAGGUUUGGACACUCAACCAUUUUCUAAUGUCCUCAGCUGCUAGUAGAGAAAUCAGUAUUGGUAUUGUAGUACCACAGUGUACUGUUUAUUCUACUACUGAGCUAUGAGGGAGAGACACUAAAUAAGCAACAACAACAACAACAAAAAAAAGAGCUAUAAAAGCAUCACAGAGCGCAUGGGAAGUAUUUACACUGUACCUAACCAAGACUAUGAACUGUUCCAUUUGAUUCUCAUUCAAACCAUCUCUGUUCUGUGGCUUUUUUUCCUUCUCAUGUUUCAUUUAGGUGUAUAGAGUGUAGUAGAUAUGGUUCGUAGUGUUGUGAAGGCGCUGGAGUUACAUGGGCAGUACCCACCCUUUAUCAAGGCAAGUUUGAUGUAAAUACAUUUCUGUUCUAAGCUAAACGGUGAGGCCUUCACAGCACGUAGUGCUGUUGGACUUGUGUCCCCAACUUUGUUUGGUGAGGGCUUCUAGUAACUUUGGUUCUGUUUCAUGUUAAUAUCUUUUUGAGAAACAUCCCUUAACCCUGAAUAGAUGAGGUAUUAAAUGGAAUGGUAUAUGUAUCGUUGUCAAACUGUAUUGUAAUAAAAUGUGGGAAAAAUGUAAGACUCUUUUUUGCGGGAUGCUAGAGGGCAAAGAGACGUCCUAGCAGGUUUGUACUCGGGUUAUGAACUACAUGGUGACUGUGCUUUUAUUGUCUUGAAGAUGAACAGUGAUGACAGAAAUGCUUUGUUUAGUUAAAAUGAGAAAUGUUGGUAAAUGUUUUGACUAUAAGCUGUUUUAUUUAUUUUUUUUACUGAUGCUCUGUACAUGGCACUGGCAGACUGGCCUUUGACACACUGAGUGCAUUGUACAGCUGCAUAACAUCCGGGUCGGUAGUGGCUGUAGUGCUAAAACCCAGAUUUCUCUUCUCCCUGUAGCAAUGCCAUGGGGGACUGGCUGAGGCCCUGUCUCAGUGUAGCCCUGUUUCAGCCUGAGGCAAGUCUCACCAUUUUCUGUCUUCUCAUUCAUUACCAGGGGCCCUCACAGCUGACAGGCUGUUGGAUAUCAAUGUCCCCAAACUUGCAGCAAGUUUGGUGAAGGCCCUUGUUUGUGUUACGUUUAGGAAUCAUUAUCUUCAGGCAUGUUAGCUCAUUUAAAUGAUAUUCUCUCCUUUCUUGUUAAGCUAUUAUCUGCCACAUCCUCCAUUCUUUACUGAUGAAAACAUCAGAAAGCUUUGUUUUCAUUUAAUGGCUCUUUACUGAUAAUGCAGAGCUUUUAAAUGAAACUUUAUUCCUUUAGAAGCUAAGAAUAUUGACUACUCCUAAAGUCCACUGUAAUAUUGUUUUAUUUAUGAAAUAUUAAUUUCUUGGUCAAAAUUAUUGGAGGUCCACAUGAGCACCACCAUUACACCUGCAGCCAGUUUACAAAUUAAAUGUGUGUUGGGGAGUUUGGAUGAACAAAUGAGUCUUUAUAUGUUUGUAAAAUGGCUUUACUACUUAAUCCUGUUUGUUUCAUCAGCUUUCCUCACUUGAUCAUUUGAUUUUAACCAUUACAUGAAGACGAAUCUCUGCCAGUUACAGGUUAGUUAAAGCUGUAAGUACCACUAAUGUAAUUUUAAUUUUCAUCAUGCUGUGUUUGGUGUGCACACGAUUCAGUUCUCAAGCAUUUUACACCGAUGGCAGCCAAUCAGUUAAGGAAUUCCCCAUCAGUCGUAGUCUACAUUAUGAUGUGCAACACAAUUUGCCACUACUGAUUUAACAUUUCAGCGUUAUUUUUGGUGAGAAUAACCUCUAUUAAAACCAGUUUCAAUGCCACACAAUUAAAGUUAUACAGACUCUUCUUUGGUAAGUAUGGUGUCACGUACACAAAAGUAUUUAAAAACCUUUACCUGCCACAGAAUACAGAACACUGUUUCACAAAAAGAUUUCACAGUUUGUUUGGCUUGUACUUAUUUCAUAACUUGUCAAAAUGUGAUGUUACCAGGAAACUUUGGAAGAGUCAAAAACUGCUUUACUGUUUGAGCCUCUGUCCCACUGCAGGAUAUAUUUUUCUUGCAAUAUCUGUACUACUUAAGUCUGAAUGCUUACUUUUUAAAAAAAAUAAACCAAUGUAUAAACUGUAA